UUUGCAGACAGACAGGCGGACGGACAGGUACCGGGGGGGUGUUUGCAGACAGACAGGCGGACGGACAGGUACCGGGGGGGUGUUUGCAGACAGACAGGCGCCGGGGGCGGGGGGCUUGCUGAGCCCGCUGCAGGAGGCCGGCGGGGGUCGCCGCGCUGAGCUCUGCCCCAAAGGGCGGCCGGGAGCUGGCUGCACCUGCCCGGGGGUGGGGCGGAAGCUGUUACUGACCCCGUGUCCUGCCUGGGAGCUGACUGCACUGAGCAGCUGACCCUGCGCUGGGCCCGGGGGGGGCUGCACCCUGCGCUGGGGGUGGGGCGCAGGGGCGGCUGCACCCUGAGCUGGGCGCGGGAGGAGGAAGCUGCUUUGGCAGACAAGACGACAAUGGCGGACGGUGCCAAGCUGAUGGAGCGGUUUGAAGGCACUGCCCGGGGGCACCAGGUGCCGCCGUCCGGCUGGCGGAUCUGCCUGGCCCAUGAGUUCAAGGAGAAGAGGAAACCGUACCAGGCCUCGGACGUCUCCGCCUCCGAUGUGGUGAAACAUCUGGGCCUGGGCAUGCGCUAUUUGCGGUGGUGGUACAGGAAGACACACGUGGAGAAGAAGUGUCCCGUCAUCGACCUGUUCAACCCGCUCCCCCUGCGCCAGAUCUACGGGUGCCCGCUGGGUGGGUUUGGGGGAGGUACCAUCACCCGAGGCUGGAGGGGAGAGUUCUGUCGAUGGCAGUUGAAUCCCGGCGUGUACCACUACAAGACAGCCGUCGCUGACCAGUUCACCGUCUGCUUGCGCCGGAAGGGACAGACCGUUUACCAGCAGGUCCUGUCUGUGGAGAGACCCAGCGUGCUACAGGGUUGGAACUGGGGCUACUGCGGCCAUUACGCCUUCUACCAUGCCCUGUACCCUCGGGCCUGGACCGUCUACCAGCUUCCUGGGCAGGACGUGGUGCUCACCUGCCGGCAGAUCAGCCCCAUCAUCCCACACGACUACCAGGACACCAGCCUGCCCGUGGGAGUGUUCGUCUGGGAGCUGGAGAACGGCAGCGAUGAGGCUGUGGAUGUUUCCAUCAUGCUGACUCUGCAGAACGGCACAGGCACCAAGGAGGACAAGAGAGGGGGCCACUGGAAUGAGCCCUUCAGCCUGGAGAAGGAGGGCGCACGGGUCUCAGGAGUCCUGCUGCAUCACUGCAGCCCCGUGAACCCCUACACCCUCGCCAUCUCCGCCAGGGAGCAGGCCGGCUCAGGAGUGACCCACUUCACAGCGUUCAAUCCCACUGGCACAGGGCAGGCAGUGUGGCAAGACCUCCUUCAGGACGGCAGGUUGGGCUCCCCAGCAGGUAAGGGCAGCCUCACGGAGAAGGGGGAGGUGACUGCAGCAGCUGUUUGCACCAGCUGCACAGUGCCAGCCCGGGGGCACAGGACACUGGAGCUGGCCCUGGCCUGGGACAUGCCGCGCAUUCACUUUGGCUCAAAGGAGAAGCUGCAUCUCAGGCGGUAUACGCGCUAUUUCGGCAGCGCAGGGGAUGCAUGCCCUGCCCUCUCCCACUACGCGCUCACGCACUAUGAGCAAUGGGAGGAGAAGAUCGAGAGCUGGCAGAGGCCCAUCUUGGAGAGCAGCCACCUGCCCCCCUGGUACAAGUCGGCUCUCUUCAACGAGCUCUACUUCCUGGCGGACGGCGGGACCCUGUGGCUGGAGCUGCCCCCGGAGGCCUGCGCAGAGGAUGUGCAGGGCCCCGCGGGGGCUGGGCUGUCCCAGCUCUUCCCUGUCCUGCGGGAGUAUGGAAGGUUUGCUUACUUGGAAGGCCAGGAGUACCGGAUGUACAACACCUACGACGUCCACUUCUAUGCCUCUUUCGCCCUUUCCAUGCUGUGGCCCAAGCUGGAGAUCAGCCUGCAGUACGACAUCGCUGCCGCUGUGCUGAACGAGGACACGCAGCCCAGGCUGUACCUGAUGAACGGGCAGACGGCCCAGGUGAAGCUGAGGAAUGUGGUGCCCCACGACAUCGGGGAGCCUGAGGAUGAGCCGUGGCAGCGGGUCAAUGCCUACCUGAUCCAUGACACGGCCGGCUGGAAGGACCUGAACCUGAAGUUCGUGCUGCAGGUGUACCGGGACUACUACCUGACCCAGGACACUGCCUACCUGCGGGACAUGUGGCCCGUCUGCCAGGCUGUGAUGGACUCGGAGCUGAAAUUCGACACAGACGACGACGGGCUCAUAGAAAACUCAGGCUUUGCUGACCAGACCUAUGAUGCAUGGGUGGCGACUGGGGCCAGCGCGUACUGCGGCAGCCUGUGGCUGGCAGCCGUCUGUGUGAUGUGCAAGGUGGCGGGGAUUGUGGGUGACGACGAGGUCCUACAGAAAUACAGCGCCAUCCGAAGGAAGGGCACAGAGGCGUUUGAGCGGCUGCUGUGGAACGGGAAAUACUACAACUAUGACAGCAGCGGGGGCCCCUUCUCCAGCACCGUCAUGUCCGACCAGUGUGCUGGGCAGUGGUUCCUCCGGGCCAGUGGCCUGUCCAACGGCGAGUUCCAGGUUUUCCCCAGGAGCCAUAUUGUCAGCGCACUGAAGACUAUCUUUGAGCUGAACGUCAUGAGCUUUGCCAAUGGGACGAUGGGCGCUGUGAACGGCAUGAGGCCCGAUGGGAGCCUGGACACAUCCAGCGUGCAGUCCAGCGAGGCCUGGGUUGGGGUUGUGUACGCUCUGGCAGCCACCAUGAUCCAGGAGGGCCUGGUGCAGGAGGGCUUCCACACAGCGGAGGGCUGCUACCGGACUGUGUGGGAGCGGCUGGGCAUGGCCUUCCAGACGCCAGAGGCCUAUUGCCAAAGGAAGCUCUUCCGCUCUCUGGCCUACAUGCGCCCCCUCAGCAUCUGGAGCAUGCAGCUGGCCUUGGAGAACAGAGCCUGCGAGGCGCCUGCUGCCACAGCGCUGCACCCAGUGCAGGAGAACUCCCUCCAGCCGUGAGGGAAGGAACCGGGGAGCAUACGCUGGGCCCCUCUGCAGGCCAGGGAUUGUGUGGAGGCCGCUUGCCCCUUUUUAAAACGUGAUUUUAAUUGCUGUAUCUUCCCUCCUCUUUGAACCUAGCCUGUCUCUCUCCCCCAUGCACACAGACAUGCCCCUGCCCCCUCAGAGCAGCAGGGUCCCAUGCUCCAUGCCCUAGCUGCGUCCCUCAUCCCUGGUGCCCUCCUAGCCACAAGAGAGAGAGUUCCCCAGGCCCAGCUGCCUGAGUGAGGAGAGCAGCCCCGAGAGAAUGAGGAGGAAAGAGUGUCUAGGGGGGCUGUGUCCAGGAUCCUUCCUCUCCUGCGUGGCUCCGGGCCUCUGCCAUGCACAGGGCAAGUCCCCUCAGGAGGUGGGGAAUCCCUAUGGCUGGCAGGUCUCACUGCCUCCCUCAAUGCCUGGGAGAAGCACCUGGGAAGGGCCAGGGACAGAAGCUUGGCAGCAGUUAUGCUCUCCCCUUUCAGCAGCACAGCCCAUGGGAGAGUCGAAGAUAUGGGCACUGCUGUGAGUGAGCGCACCAUUGCCCUUCCCUGGCCCGAGGGGCUGCCCAGCUGGGCUGGGUCCCUUCAGGGUGCCUAGUCCCGGCAGGGGCCAUCGGUAACCCGUGGCAAGAGCAGUUCCCCAGCAUGAUCCACCCCAGGCCUGGGCACUGCUGCCUGGCCUCUGACAAUCCUCAUCCCAAAUGAACUCUUCUUGGACGGGCGGUGUCUGUCCCCGGCACUGCAGCACCCCCGCCCCUGCAUGGCCACUGCACACGAUCGCAGCUGGCGCUGGGCCCUGGGACUCAAGGGAGCUGUUUUUAAAUGCUGAAUAAUUUUAAUUUAAAAUCAUCAUAAUAAAAUAUCAUCUGCCUGUGGGCCUGUC